GUCAGUUCAGCUCUUCGUACCGAACGUCCGCCUUCGUUAGUGCAUGCCGCUCACCGUCUGCUGUGUUUUUCGGGUACAUUCACUUUUUGCGCCGCCGACGCAUACCCGUACAAACCGACACGUCGGUCGACUUUCGACGCGUUUCCCCGGGUCAUGCGAACGGCAUUCAAGGAAACAAGGAAAAAAAAUGACCGAUUCCAGCCAACAAUAUGUCAGUGAACACUACGGUCCAGUCAAGUUCCUCAGCUUCCGCCAUGCCUCCACUUGGUAGACGCGAAAUGAAACAAUAGCUGUGCUACCAUAAAUCACUCACUGCAGCUACCGACCAGCAGUGGAUACCAACCAUCAGCUUACCGCUCACCACUACACUACAGCUAAGACUACACCUGCAGUAGAAUGGCAUCUAGUAACAAUACAGAAACAACUGAUACUAUAGAAGUUAUCACACAGCGGGCUAUCACACAAUCAAAUCCAAUAUUUUUACAAACUACUGCUUGCCAAGUAAUCGCUGGACUAUUUGUUUGGACAGCAGUAUUUGUUACAUGUCAACAGAUAUAUUAUCACCUGCGAUGGAAUACGAAUCCAGCCGAACAACGAUGGAUCAUCCGAAUAUUGUUUAUUGUACCUAUUUACGCGCUACACUCGUGGGUCAGUUUGUUGUUCUUCAACAACGAACACUACUACGUGUACUUCUUUACAAUUAGGGAUUGCUACGAAGCUUUCGUGAUAUACAAUUUUAUGAGUUUAUGUUACGAAUAUUUGGGCGGUGAAGGGAACAUAAUGAGCGAAAUUCGUGGGAAACCUAUUCAGUCUAGUUGGCAAUAUGGAACUUGUUGUUUGACAGGACGUACUUACACAAUUGGAUUCCUACGUUUUUGCAAGCAAGCAACACUACAAUUUUGUUUGGUAAAACCUUCAAUGGCUUUUGUCAUUAUAUUCCUGCAAUAUGUUGGACAUUAUCAUGAUGGCGAUUGGAGUAUGAAUGGAGGAUACUUGUAUGUCACAGCCAUUUACAAUAUGUCUGUGAGCUUAGCACUAUAUGGAUUGUUCCUGUUUUAUUUCGCUACUCGAGAUCUCCUAAUACCAUUCGAACCGGUCUUAAAGUUUUGCACCAUCAAGAGUGUGAUUUUCCUAUCAUUCUGGCAAGGUGUAUUACUGGCAGUUUUAGAAAAAGCUAAAUUCAUAGAUCCCGUCAUUGAUUCCAGUGGCCAACCCACUAGUGCCGGUACAGUAUCAGCUGGCUACCAAAACUUUUUAAUAUGCAUUGAGAUGCUGUUUGCUGCAUUGGCCCUAAGAGCUGCAUUUCCGUAUGAGAUAUACGCUAAUAACGCACAAACAGGAACAGGAAAUCCAUCCAAUUCGCGCACAGUUACAAUGCAAAGUAUUUCUAGUAGUUUGAAGGAAACAAUGAAUCCGAAAGAUAUAAUGACGGAUGCCAUACAUAAUUUCCAUCCACAGUAUCAACAAUAUACACAGUAUAGUUCAGACGUUGGUUCCUCUCGGCCUUAUGAAAAAUUAUAAGCAUGGAAAGGUGUUUUAGUUGUAUUUUGCUCUCUUUGCAUUUUAUUUUUAACCAUUAUUUUUUAUAUAUUUUUUUUUUAUCAUUUUAGUUAUUAUUUUUUAGAUUUUAUUCUCAUGACCAUCUAUUAUUUAAUAGGUAUUCCAGUAUAAAUAAUUUUUCUUUUAUUUCAAUAGGUUUAUAUAAUUUUUAUGUUUGUAGUGAAUAAACUCCAAGCCCGCUUGAUUUUUCUUUAUCGGGUUGAUGCAAUGUGAUUUUGUUAAACAUAUUUAUAUAUAUACUUUUUUUAUGUUAUGAAGUACUUAACGCUAUUUAAAAAUGUCUUUUGUUUGUGUUUUUUUUCUAUUUUGCUAUGUUGAUAGUAAUAAUACAACUAUGUAUAUUUCCAUUAUAUAAAUAGCUUAUUUUCCCCCGAUAUUCUUACUAGUCAACAUUUUACUGCAAAAUAGUAAGUAUAUUGUUUUGUUGUAUAUUAUACUUACAAAAACUUUCGAACAGAAAAUUUUUCUAUGCCUUAUUUACUUUAAGAAAUUAAUUUUUAAGUUUGUGAUCUGUAUUUAAAAACUAAUUAGACGUUUACAUUUAAUUUAUUGCUUAAGUGUACCUAUUAAAAGUAUUUACUUAAUUUUAAUUUAAUAUCUAUGUAACUAAAUAGAUAGGUAUUUAUAUUUAAUUAUGUAUAAUUAAAUCAAUUUAAUACGAUUAUAUGUAUUUUUAAAUUAGCACUAUAUUAUUACACUUGUAAUAAGUGUUUGAGGAACGAUCCUCGCAAACUUGUAUUUUAUAGUUAAUUAAAAUUAAUUGUACCAUUUAUAAUAAAUACAAAAUUUUCCAUACUAAAAA